UCGAAUCUCUCUCCUUCUCUUGGUCAGCAAAGAUCGGUUGGAUCCUCUCGGUCUUCCGUUUGAACUCUCGACGUCAAAACUUAAGAUCCGAUGAGCUCCCAGGGACUAUAGUAGGCUUUUGUAUUUUAAGAUUUUGCAAGAGUGAGGAAGAGAGGAUGAGUAGCCGAAACACCCAUUGGUGCUACAGUUGCAGGCGGCCAGUCCGACUGCGAGGGCGAGAUGCAGUAUGCCCCAGCUGUAAUUUGGGAUUUGUUCAGGAACUUAACGACAUGGUGCAGGUGAGUCCACUUGAUUAUAUUCAUAUGGGCAGUGAUGAAGAUCGUGGGCGACAGUUUCGGCUUUUGGAUUCUAUCUCAGCCUUAAUGAGGCAACGGAUGGUUGACAGAAGCAAUGGCCUUGACAUCAGGGGGAGAUCAGAUGCACUUCCUGAACACCCAGGCAUUGGUCCUUUGUUAAUCUUUGGUGGACAGAUUCCUCUUAGGUUGUCUGGAAAUGGUGGAUUUGAAGCCCUUUUUAAUGGAACUCCUGGGAUCGGUCUAACACGCAAUAAUGUUGGUGAUUAUUUUAUUGGUCCUGGGCUUGAAGAACUGUUUGAGCAGCUUUCAACUAAUGACCGGCGUGGCCCUCCCCCAGCAUCAAGAUCAUCUAUGGAUGCAAUGCCUACUAUUAAGAUAUCCAAUAGGCAUCUUCGUUCUGAUUCACAUUGUCCUGUUUGCAAAGACAAAUUCGAGCUGGGAUCUGAAGCAAGACAAAUGCCAUGUAACCAUAUAUAUCAUUCAGAUUGUAUUAUACCCUGGUUGAGCCAGCACAACUCUUGCCCUGUCUGCCGCCAAGAACUGCCAGCACAGGGACUUAGUAGUGCUCGUAGGUCGACUAAUCGAAGUAGGAGCAGCAGCAGCAGCAGCAGCAGUAGUUUUGGUAGCAACGCCAAUGGAAGGGAAAAUACUCGAGAGAGUCAUGGAAGGCGGCAUCCAUUGUCGUAUUUGUGGCCAUUUCGCUCGUCUAGUUCGAGCUCCAACCACAAUGGGACAGCUGGAACUAGCUCCCCAACUGUGCAUGAAAAUAACAACCACCAUCACCACCAUCCGAUGGGGUAUACCGGGUGGCCAUUUGAUGAAGGCUAGUUCUUGCGUGCCUUUCGAUUUCUCGACCAUUAUGAAAAGCAAUGAAAUUGUUUGUAGUGAAAAUGGUUUGACAUUCUGGAGACUGCUUUUUUGUUGUUACAAGCCUGAAGGUGAAAGAAUUGAAUGUGUUGCCUUUUUCAUGUGAA